GUUUCGCGACAGAUGCGUUCAGUUCGUCAGAGAGUUCGGUAGCUGCCAGUUAACAUGACUGAUGCAAUGGAGACAAGUGUCGAGCCAAAGGAAGAUGUUCCCUUUUUGGAGAAGCCUUUAACCGACCCGGAGAAGUCAACAAAGUGUCCCGAUGAUGCGCCCGUCACUGAAGACGACAGCAGAGAUACUCGCUGUGGAUUUUGGAUAUGCAAGGGGCCGUUCCUUCAAAGAUUCGCCACUGAGAAAAUGUAUGUUGUUCUGUAUGGCUUUGCCGGCUGUGUGCUGGUAAUGACCUUCUCCUACUUCAAUGGGACUAUUACGACCAUGGAGAAGCGUUAUAAAAUCCCAACAAAGAUAUCGGGCAUUAUCUCGGUGGGGAAUGAUAUCAGCACCAUGUUGACGGCGGCAAUCUUGGGUUAUUAUGCUGGAAAUGGGCAUCGACCCCGCUGGAUGGGCGUAGUCGGUCAUUUAGGUUUGCUGACCAUCGUGGCCUUUUGCCUGCUGACGAGCUCCUUGCAUUUCAUCUACGGCGCCGGAGAAGAUGCCCUUAAACUAACCAAACAGUAUGGACAAGUUAAUGAGACAUUGGCUCAGCAGGAGAGAGAUCAGAAACUGUGUCAGUCAAGUGCAGCGGAUUGUAUCCAGGAAGUUGGCCAGUGGGUGCCGCAACUUAUCCUGUUUGUGGCUCAAUUGAUCUCCGGAGUCGGUCAGGCUCUUUUCUACACCUUGGGUAUUGCCUACAUGGAUGAUAAUGGUACCAAGUCCAAGACCCCAGCUAUGUUGAGCUUAUCAACUUUUCUGAGAAUGCUGGGACCUGCCAUCGGUUACUCCCUGGCCGCUGUUUGUCUGCGCUUGUACAUUGAACCCACCUUGGACCCUCUUAUUGGACCAACUGAUCCUCGCUGGAUGGGUGCGUGGUGGUUGGGCUGGCUCGGCCUGGCUGCCAUUACUCUGAUUUCUGCGGUUUUACUUUUUAUGUUCCCCAAGGAGCUCCCCAGUGCCAAGAAGCGACGACAACAGGUGACGCAAACUGAAAGCAAAGAUCUGAAAGAACUCUCCUUUUGGGAUCUGCUUAAAACGGUUAAAAGACUGGCCAAUAACAAAGUGUAUGUGUUCAACACCGCGGCCUCCAUCCUCUACUUCUUUGGCUACAUGGCCUAUUGGAUAUUUACGCCGAAGUAUAUAGAAACCCAGUACCGACAAUCGGCGGCCACCGCUACCAUGGCCGCUGGAACAGUGGCCUUUGGAUUUUCCGCUGCCGGAGUUUUGCUUUCCGGGUAUAUUAUCUCGAGGUACAAGCCAAGUGCCCGGUCCAUGGCAGCCUGGAAUGCCAUUGUUGACUUUAUGACGGUGGCUGGUAUCCUGUGCUAUGUGGCCAUUGGAUGUGAAGGUAGUGAUAGGAUGAACUCGAUGACUACUUUAGUUGCUGGUGAUAGCUGCAGUGCUUCCUGUCACUGUGAUUAUGUGCACUAUGCUCCCGUUUGCAGUCCAGAGAAUGUCACCUACAUCUCCGCCUGUCAUGCCGGAUGCUCCGAGCGGACAAAGGACGAUCUGGGUAGGACCAUAUACACUGGCUGUAAGUGCAUUACUUCCGGAACUCUGAUGUCUGAACCUGAGCACCUAUACACCGUGGAUGGCACCUGUCCCGUGGACUGUUUCCAUCAGUUCCUUACUUUUUUGGCCGUGAUGUGUUUUCUGAAACUCGUGGGUGCCUCCAGCAAGUCCACAAACCUACUCAUAGCCCUGCGAUGUAUGCCUCAAGAGGACAAGACCUUUGCCCUGGGACUGGGCUCCAUGGUGGCGUCUCUAUUCAGCUUCAUUCCCAGUCCCAUCUUCUUUGGCUGGCUGAUAGACAACUAUUGCUUGGUUUGGGGCAAGACGUGUUCCAACAAAGGAAACUGUUGGCUCUACGACACCAAGUCUUUACGAUAUGCUCUUAAUCUAACAGCCGCUUCCUUCAUAUUUGUGGGUGGUUUCCUCAACAUUGCCGUUUGGUAUUAUGCCAAGAAUCUCAAGAUAUUUGACGAGGACGAAAACAUAGAAGAUAAUAACAUAGAAAUGAAGGAAAAAUGUGUCAAAUCUGAAAGUAGGCAGUAAGAAUUACUUUUCUAUAUAGUGUUUUUGUAACUAUGUUGGAGCGUUGAAUAAAAAUUCAGUCCUCCCACACUAUA